AUGACCGUCAUCCUCGUUUCCUCAGACAACCAAGACUUUAAGGUCGACAAGGAAGUCGCCGAGCGCUCGAUCCUCAUCAAAAACAUGCUCGAGGACGUCGGAGAGUCCGACUCGCCCAUCCCCCUUCCCAACGUCACCUCCGCCGUUCUCACCAAGGUCAUCGAGUACUGCGAGCACCACCGCAACGACCCUGUCCAGGUCCCCGAGGAGACCGACGACCCCCGCAAGCGCUCUAACGACAUCGAGGAGUGGGAUAUGAAGUUUAUGCAGGUCGACCAGGAGAUGCUCUUCGAGAUCAUCCUCGCCGCCAACUACCUCGAUAUCAAGCCCCUCCUCGACGUCGGCUGCAAGACCGUCGCCAACAUCAUCAAGGGAAAGACCCCCGAGGAGAUCCGCAAGGCCUUCAACAUCGUCAACGAUUUCACACCCGAGGAGGAGGCCCAGAUCAAGAAGGAGAACGAGUGGGCUGAGGACCGCUAA